GCUAAAAAGCAUUACACACAUUGUUUGUGUUUAGUUUUUCUUUGUGUUGUGCGGUACAAACGAAAAUGUUUUGUAUAUUUUUGUAAUUGGUUUUUAUUUUUUGGUUUUUCACAUUUUUGAGUACUUUCAUUGCUUUCUGUAUAUAUUGUGUAUCAAAAUCGUGAAUUUGUUUUGAGCAAAGAAUUGUGUAUAAAAAAAAACACCAUCCAGACAUGACAGAGCCACACGAUGAAAAUUCCAUCAAUACUGAUAUCACUUUUGAAUCGGGCGAUGAAAAUGACGAUGUUAUUAGUCUAACGAGCACAAGUAAUACGGACACAACUUCACGCAGUCGUAGUGGUACACCAACCAACAAUAAAAUCACAAACGGUAACAAGCGCGGCCGAAGAAAGUCAAAAACACCAAAAGUGGUUAAGAGCACAUUUAAAUUCAAAAAUUAUGUGAAAGAAGAUCAUUGUUCGCCAUUAUUUGGAACACAGUUUAAUCAUUUUUUGAGACCCGGUCAACUGCCCACAUUCGCAUCGGUUGGAAGUAAUCGAGUAUCAAUUUACACUUGCUUAAAAGAUGGCGGUUUACGUUUGAUUCAAUGUUAUUCAGAUCCAGAUUCUACGGAGAAUUUCUAUACAUGUUGUUGGUCACAAUUGACAGAAGGUGGUAUUACAUAUCCGGUGUUGGCCGCGGCUGGUUAUCGUGGUGUUAUUCGUGUGUUCAAUGUCAUUAAAAUGACAUGUAAUAAAUAUUAUAUCGGGCAUGGUCAUGCCAUCAAUGAACUUAAGUUUCAUCCAAAACGACCGCAUCUACUAUUGUCGGCGAGCAAAGAUCAUUCGCUUCGUUUGUGGAACAUUAAAACGGAUGUUUGCGUUGCCAUUUUUGGCGGAGUCGAAGGUCAUCGCGAUGAAGUGUUGAGUGCCGAUUUUGACAUGCAUGGCAAUCGAAUCAUGUCAUCGGGUAUGGACCACUCGUUGAAAUUGUGGUCUUUGGAUAAGCCAGAGAUUAAAGAAGGCAUUGAAAACAGUAACACAUUCAAUGUUAACAAAAGUGAACGUCCUUUCAAAACGGUUAACGAACAUUUUCCUGAGUAUUCUACCCGAGAAAUUCAUCGAAAUUAUGUUGAUUGUGUGCGUUGGAUUGGCGACUAUGUUAUGUCAAAGUCAUGCGAAAAUUCGAUAGUGUGCUGGAAACCCGGCCGCUUGAAUGAAAAUUCCAAUGAAUUCAAGCAUGGUGAUUCGACUGCAUCGAUUUUACAUCGUUUCGAAUACAAAGAAUGUGAAAUUUGGUUCAUUCGUUUUGCACUGGAUUAUCAUUGCAAGUUUAUGGCCUUGGGAAAUCAAUGUGGAAAAGUAUUCUUAUGGGACAUCAAUACUCCGGAUCCGACACUAAUACGAGCUGCAACGUUAACGCAUCCAAAGUGUACAACGGCCAUUCGACAAACCACAUUUUCACGUGAUGGUAAUAUUUUGAUUUGCGUCUGCGACGAUGGUACUAUUUGGCGAUGGGACCGUGAAAAUAAAUACACUUAACUGCCACAUUUUUAUUUAAAUUUUUUCAUAAAAAUUGUAAUUUUCUCUCAAUUUUAUUUGUUAUAGUAAGAAUAUUUACUGCCCAAUUUACUAAAUUACUAAUUUUUGUUUCGACACAUUCAUCAUUUAUUCGUCAUUUUUUACAUUUUAUUCGUAAUUUUUUUCAUAAAUUUAUUAUGAAGUAAGAACCGUGUAUUCCAAACCAAAUGUUUAGGUUUCGUCAUAAUAAAGUAAUAAGAAUACCA